AUGGAAGUAACAAACCAUAAUGAGCCUGGUGGAUCCAAGACUUGGUUUAGAAAGAGAUAUAAUUUCUUAUAUGAAAAGGAUCUUCCUGCUGAAAGACAGGCUCUUAAAAGGGAAAUGCAAAAAGAAAAAGAUCCUGAGCGGAAAAGUGAAAUAGAAGAACGCAUAUCAUGGGUUGAUAAACAGUUGAAAUCUGAGUCAACAAAAAAUGUUGAGACAAGUAUUUUAGCUAAACACAAGAAGAAAGAAAGAGAAGCAGCAAAGCAGGGAAAACGUCCUUUCUAUCUCAAGAAAUCUGAAAUCCGAAAACAAAGUCUUAUUGAAAAAUAUGAGGAUCUCAAGGUGUCUGGAAAACUUGAAUCAUAUAUUGAGAAAAAGAGGAAGAGGAACGCUGCAAAGGACCAUAGACUCAUGCCAUAUCGUAGAUCUGGUGACAACGAAGAGUAA